CCGUCGUCUCCGCCUCCUCCCCCGGGGCCGCGUCGGAGCCUUGGCGGCGGCGGCACUCACAUCCCGAGGAGAGCCUCCAGCCCCGGAGCGGCCGCGGCGGCUUUCGAGAAGCACCCGCAGCGCGUCCCUCCUCAGCCACCCGGCGCUCGCAGGCCGCAGCGCCCGCGCCCCUUCAGUUCACUCGUUCACUCUUCUUCUUUGCGGCCGGCUGUGCCAUGGCGUUGGCAUUGGCGGCGCUGGCGGCGGUGGAGCCGGCCUGCGGCAACCGGUACCAACAGUUGCAGAAUGAGGAAGAGUCGGGAGAACCCGAGCAGGCUGCAAGUGAUGCUCCUCCCCCUUACAGCAGCAUCUCUGCGGAGAGCGCAGCAUAUUUUGACUACAAAGAUGAGUCUGGAUUUCCAAAGCCGCCAUCUUACAAUGUGGCUACAACACUGCCCAGUUAUGAUGAAGCUGAGAGAACCAAGGCUGAAGCUACUAUCCCUUUGGUUCCUGGAAGAGAGGAGGAUUUUGUUGGCCGGGAUGACUUUGAUGAUGCUGACCAGCUGAGGAUAGGAAACGAUGGGAUCUUCAUGUUAACUUUCUUCAUGGCAUUCCUCUUUAAUUGGAUAGGGUUUUUCCUGUCCUUUUGCCUGACCACCUCCGCUGCCGGAAGGUAUGGGGCCAUUUCAGGAUUUGGUCUCUCUCUAAUUAAGUGGAUCCUGAUUGUCAGGUUUUCCACAUACUUUCCUGGAUACUUUGAUGGUCAGUACUGGCUUUGGUGGGUGUUUCUGGUUUUAGGCUUUCUGCUGUUUCUCAGGGGAUUUAUCAAUUAUGCAAAAGUUCGGAAGAUGCCGGAAACUUUCUCAAAUCUUCCCCGGACCAGAGUUCUCUUUAUUUAUUAAAGAUGUUUUCUGGCAAAGGCCUUCCUGUGUGUAUGAAUUCUCUCUCAAGAAGCAAGAGAGCACCUGCAGGAAGUGAAUCAAGAUGCAGAACACAGAGGAAUAAUCACCUGCUUUAAAAAAAAUAAAGUACUGUUGAAAAAGGUCAUUUCUCUCUAUUUGUUCCUAGGUGUAAAAUUUUAAUAGUUAAUGCCGAAUUCUGUAAUCAUUGAAUCAUUAGUGGUUAAUGUUUGAAAAAGCUCUUGCAAUCAAGUCUGUGAUGUAUCAAUAAUGCCUUAUAUAUUGUUUGUAGCCAUUUUAAAUAGCAUGAGCCACGUCCCUGCAGUCAGUAGGGGGCAGUCUUGCUUUAUUCAUCCUCCAUCUCAAAAUGAAUUUGGAAGCAAACAUUUAGUGUAAGAUACAGAGAAUGCUGGCAAUUUGAAGGGGUUUUCUCAAAAGUUAAAACUUAUGUUAUUAUUGCAUUUCUGCACAUUAAUCCAUAUUUACUGUUAAAAAUUAAUCUAGAAAUGUAUUCAGUUGUGUUGUGUGAAUAUCUGGAAACAAUCCUAGUGCAAAAUACAUUAAAGAUGUGGUCAAAAACUGUGUUCUUAAUUGGUCAAUAAUAAACAUUAAUUUUUUUAUAUAGUCUGUAUUUGAGAUUUUACAGUACCUUAUUGUGUGAUGUAUACCUAAGGAAAUCUACAGGUGUAACUGUAUAACAGAAAGGACAAGGACAAAUGCAGCUGAAUUGCUAAAAUAUAACUCUUGAUACUCUGCAUGAUGGCAGUCCCAGAGGAUCAAGUAUACAAGCAAAGAAAAACAAGCUUGGAACUUUGGAGAUGGUCCCUAAUAUGCUGUACUACUUGCUUUUACAGUGUGUUAGCAGAAUCUGAUGAGUUAUAAACAGAAUGAUGCGCUUUCUGCCCAAGUGGUAAUUCACCUUGGUUUGCAAUAUUAAAUCUGUAAAUACAACAGAACAUUAAUAAAUGUCUUGUGUAGCAACUUUUA